ACUCAAACAACUUUUGUGCGUGAUUGUUGGUCGCUGUGUAGGCAACGAAUUUUUCGUGAUUUCUGUGCGUUUUCAGCCAAUAUAUGUACAUAACGGGUACACAUUCUUCUCAGCGCCGUUCAUUCCAACCUUCUACCUAGCGGAAACGUGAAUUGAACUAAAAUGUCUGCCUUUUUGCGGCUCAUUGAGGUGGAGAAUUUCAAGUCCUACCGGGGCCAUACUACUAUUGGACCGUUGAAACGUUUUUCUGCUGUAAUUGGCCCCAAUGGAUCGGGAAAGUCUAACUUCAUGGACGCCAUCAGCUUUGUUAUGGGCGAAAAAACGAGCAGCCUCCGUGUUCGGAAGCUAACCGAACUAAUCAAUGGUGCCUCGAUUGGGCGUCCAAUUUCGAACCGUGCGUCCGUGAUGGCGCGAUUUAUUAUCACGAACGAAUCGGGUGAAGAAGCCGAAAAAUCCUUCCAACGAUCCGUUAUUAAUGCUUCCUCCGAGUAUCGUAUCAAUAAUUCGGUGGUGUCACCGCAAUACUACCUAGCGGAGCUGGAAAAACUGGGCAUCAAUGUGAAGGCUAAAAAUUUUCUCGUCUUCCAAGGGGCCGUUGAAACGAUUGCCAUAAAGAAUGCGAAGGAGCGAACGGCACUGUUUGAGGAAAUCAGUGGCUCGGGCUUGCUGAAGGAGGAAUACAAUCGUUUAAAGCACGAGAUGCAGAUGGCCGAAGAAGAGACGCAAUUUACAUACCAAAAAAAGAAAGGUAUAGCGGCAGAACGGAAGGAGGCGAAGCUAGAGAAGCAGGAGGCUGACCGGUACACGAGCUUGAAGCAGGAAUGUAGCGAAAAGCAGGUACACUAUCAGCUGUUCCGACUUUUCCACAAUGAGAAAGAAUCGAAACGGUUGAAGGAGGAUCAAAUCAGCAAACAGCAGGAGCUGAAUAUAAUUGAAAAGCGCAAGGAAGAAGCGGAUGAAAUUUUGAAGGAGAAAAAGAAAGAUGUGGGCAAAAUGACCCGUGAAAUGGCCAAGAAGGAACAGGAAAUACGUGAAGUGGAAGCGGAAAUGAGCAAACGACAUCCGAUGUUCAUUAAGGCGAAGGAAAAAGUGUCUCACACGCAGAAAAAGCUAAACGGUGCAUUGAAAACGCUCGAGCAAGCACGCCGGGCCGACGAGGCGCACCAGGCCGACAUCAAGAAGCUGGUGGACGAGCUGCAUGAAGUCGAAGUGAAGCGGGCAGCGUUCGAGAACGAGGUGGAAGGUGAAUCCAAGAAGCGAGGCAGUAACGUUCAUCUCGAGCGCGAUCUAGUGCAGGAGUACGAUCGGCUGAAGCAAAAGGCCGACGCUACGUCGGGCAAAUAUCUGAUCCAUCUGGAUUCGGUGAACCGCGAACAGAAAUCGGAUCAGGAUCUGCUUGACAGCGAAAUCAACAAGAAAGCGCAAAUCGAGGAGAACUACAAGAAAAUUGAGUCAGAAAAAAACGAAGCAAUGAAGCGACAAGAAAAGCUAGUCGAUCACAUCAAAACUAGCAAAGCGGGGCUGGAUGAACAGCGACGCAUCAAGACGGAACUGAGCCAAGACGUUGGCACCUCGAAGGAGCGCAUUCACGAGCUGCAGUCCGAGCUGGACAAUGUGCGCGAGCAGCUAGGCGACGCCAAGAUUGACAAGCACGAGGAUGCGCGUCGCAAGAAGAAACAAGAGGUCGUGGAACUAUUUAAACAUGAAGUCCCGGGAGUGUACGAUCGCAUGAUCAACAUGUGCCAGCCGACGCAUAAGCGCUACAACGUCGCGGUAACAAAGGUGCUGGGCAAGUACAUGGAAGCGAUCAUUGUGGACACUGAAAAAACCGCCCGUCGCUGCAUUCAGAUACUGAAAGAGAAGAUGCUGGAUGUGGAAACGUUCCUUCCGCUGGACUACCUGCAGAAGAAACCGCUUAAAGAGCGCCUCAGAAACAUCGAAGAACCACGGAAUGUAAAGUUGAUAUACGAUGUGCUGAAGUACAGUCCACCCGAAAUCGAACAGGCCGUUCUGUUCGCGACUAACAACGCGCUGGUUUGUGAGACGCCGGAUGAUGCGAUGAAAGUGGCGUACGAAAUCGAUCGUAGCCGAUACGAUGCUUUGGCACUGGAUGGUACGUUCUAUCAAAAAUCGGGUAUCAUCUCCGGCGGCAGUCACGAUCUAGCCAGAAAGGCCAAACGCUGGGACGAGAAGCAUAUGGCACAGCUGAAGCUGCAGAAGGAGAAAAUUACCGAGGAGCUGAAGGAAGUAAUGAAGAAGACCAGGCGCCAGGGAGAGCUGACGACAGUGGAGAGCCAAAUACGAGGUCUGGAAAAUCGGCUUAAGUACAGCCAAAAUGACCUGGAGACCUCCAAAAAGAACAUGAACGAGUAUGAUAAGCAGCUGGAAGAUUUCACCCGUCAGUUAGAUCAGAUUGGGCCGAAAAUCAGCGAAAUCGAACGCAGAAUGCAGCAGCGCGAUACGAAGAUACAGGACAUUAAGGAGAGCAUGAACAACGUGGAAGACGAUGUGUACACUGAAUUCUGCGCCCGCAUCGGUGUUGCCAAUAUUCGUCAAUUUGAAGAACGCGAGCUGGUGCUGCAACAGGAGCGAGCAAAAAAGCGGGCCGAAUUCGAGCAACAGAUUGAUCGCAUUAACAACAAUCUUGAAUUCGAACGAUCGAAAGACACCUCGAAAAAUGUGCAGCGCUGGGAGCGGGCGGUGCAGGAUGACGAAGAUUCACUAGAAACGUACAAACAGACGGAAGCUCGCCAGCGGCAGGAAAUAGAGAAAGAUAAGGAGAAAAUUGAGUUAAUGAAGCAGGAAAAAGCUGCUCACAAGAACCUGGUUGACCAGAUGGAGGAAGAAAUGUCAAAAGCUAGACGGGACGUGCAGGCAUUGGCCAAGGAGCUGGCCGCCAUCCAGCAAAGCAUAGCCAACAUCGAUACCCGCAUUGAAACGAUCAAAAGUAAGCGGCACAACAUUCUGAUGCAAGCUAAGAUGGAUGCGAUUGAGAUACCGCUGUUGCAAGGUUCUAUGGACGACAUCGGACAACAGCAGGCAGCACAACCACCGCAGGGAGGCGGUGGCCAGGGCGGGGACUACGCAGCCGAUGGUAGCAGCGCCGGUGGCGGAUCAGCAUAUGAACGGGAAAGUCGCAUCGAAAUAGACUACCGAAAGCUCGAGCACCAUCUGAAGAAUUUGUCCGAUCCGGAUCAGAUUAAAAAGAGUGGCGAUACGCUGGCGAAGGAACUGCAGGCCAAACUGGAUACGCUCGAGAAGAUACAGACGCCCAACAUGAAGGCGAUGCAGAAGUUGGACCGGGUUACGGAAAAAAUUCAAUCCACGAACGAAGAGUUCGAGGUGGCCCGCAAAAAGGCUAAAAAGGCGAAGGCAGCAUUCGAAAAGGUGAAAAAUGAAAGAUGCACACUGUUCACCAAUUGCUGCAAUCACAUCUCCGAUGCGAUCGACGCCAUCUACAAACAGCUAUCGCGUAACGAAGCCGCCCAGGCAUACCUGGGACCGGACAAUCCCGAGGAACCGUACCUGGAUGGUAUUAAUUAUAAUUGCGUAGCGCCCGGCAAACGGUUUCAGCCGAUGAGCAACCUGAGCGGUGGUGAAAAGACGAUCGCUGCACUCGCACUGCUGUUCGCUAUUCACAGUUUCCAGCCGGCACCAUUUUUCGUGCUGGAUGAGAUUGAUGCGGCCCUCGAUAACACGAACAUCGGCAAGGUGGCUUCGUAUAUCCGCGAGAAAACGACCAACUUGCAAACGAUCGUGAUCUCGCUGAAGGAGGAAUUCUACUGCCACGCGGACGUUCUGAUCGGUAUCUGCCCAAAUCCAGCGGAUUGUUUGGUAUCGCAGACAUUGCUUUUAGAUCUGGAAGAAUUUUGUUAGAAGAUAGAAGUAUUGAUCUUACUGUUACGUAUUUGUCCACACGGAAUCUACUGCGCUAGGUUAGUUUCGUACUGAUUUUAAUAUGUCACGGUCCUUUUGUUUUGCAGUAGUAAUCUUUUUAAAUGGAUGCCGAAGCUGAUUUGUCAGUGGAUUGCUUAAUUUAUAAUUUAUCUAAUAACCAAUAAAGAAGUAGUGUGAAAAGGACAAAAAUAACAAUAUGCACCUUAUUUUUCCU